AUGCGACACAGUUCAAACGCGGCCAAUUCGAUCGCCGUGAUGAGCCGGCAUGGCGAGGCAAUGCUGCCGCCCGCCGAAGCCCGCGCCAUCCAGGAAGCGCUCCUGUCCAGCAAGUACGGCGAGUUUCUCUGCAGCGUGUGCAGCAAGGUCGCGACGCUCAAGUGCUUGGCCUGUCGCGGCGCGUACUACUGCGCCAAGUGCGAGCGCAAAGAGCACAGUAAGAAGCACCGCCAUAGCGAGCCGGCCGCCGUCAUCCAUAGCAGAGCCUGCGACGUCUGCCACGCGUGCAAGCUCGAGCUCUACUGCGAGACGUGCACCAAGCACGUGUGCAUGACCUGCACUACGAGUCCAUGUACUUCGAGCGCGCCGCAUGCGCUAUUGCCCAUGAACGGGGCGCGCGGCUUGUGCUUGGCGGUCCUCGACUGGCCGCGCGACUUUGUCGCUGCCAUACAACGCGACACGGAAAAGUACGUGCCUGUCAAGGUCGAGAAGAAGGAGCCUAUUGUGACACCCGUCGCCUCUCCACCUGCACCAGCCCGCGUUGUCCAGCCAGCACCCGUGGCUCCUUCGCCCGCCCCUUUGGUUCCACCCGCCUCUUUGGUCCCACCAACGUUACCAGUGUCUUUAACGUCACCGACCGCCGAUGCGCCAUUAGCCGCAAGCGAUCCCGACACGCUGCCGCACAUUGGCUCGGACUCGAUGAAGAGUGCAAUGCUCGACAAGUACAACGCGGCGAACGCCGAAGUGAUUUCGCUCGAGGAGAAGAUCAAGGUGCUCGCGAAUCAAGUGCGGCUCGAGGUCAACAAGCAAGACAUGACGGUCGCGCUCUCGUACAACAAGCAGCGCAACGAGAUGCAGGUGGCGCUCGAGACGGUCUUGGAAGGCCGUGACGAGGCGCUCGCCCACCUCGUCGCGUUCAACCCGAUCCUGCAUGCGCAGUACCUAAACACACACGAUGCGACCAAGCCCGAGUACAAGCCCGUCGUUGCGACGCCGACCAUUGUGCAGCGCGUAGUGCCCGGAAAACACGCGCGCUGUGCGCGCCUCGAAGCCGAGAUUCUGGCCCUCGAGACGCAGCGCGUGCGUGCCAACGCUGAGAUCCACUUGGCGCUGGCGCAGGACGAGUUACGCGCGCUCGAGCCGCUCGGCCUCGAGAUUUCGGCGCUCGAGCGGCAAAUGGUGGCGCUUGACGCCGAGCGCAACAAGGAAUUUUUGCUGCUCACAGUCUUUAGCAAGCGGCUCCGCGACCGAAUCGGGACGCUCCACGCAUAAGAUGCAAGGUGAUUGUCGUCGUUCUCAGUCUUGAACUAGUACAUGG